AAUUUCUUUUAUGUCCGACAGAUAACAGCAGAACAGUCGGGAAAAUACGACCAACAGCGUUUGCGAAGAAGAAAAAAAGCGAACCAGGUUACGAUUGAUGCAAUUCUCGGCAACGAAAGUGAAGAUGAGAAACAUAAUCAAUCAAAAAGAAGGUCAAACGGGACAUCUGUCAACAAUCCUGAUACCUCGGUCGAUUCUGGAAUUCUAUCCAACUUUGAUUCAGAGUCGUCAUACUCCAGCAGCAUCAGUGUUUAUGAACCGCAUAAAUCUUUUGAUUCAACUUCAGAUCGAUAUCAUUCCGUCUGUCAUCUCUCAGAACGACAGAAUGAUUGGAUGGUGUUUCACUACGAUUCCCCCAAUUUUAACAAUAUGACCACAAUGAAGUAUAGCGAAUUAUUGCAUUCAACUCCAGUGCCAAUGACCCAAUAUGAACAGUUUUACCCGGACAUUAACGAGUCAUUUACGCUUUCUCCUAUUGCUCAAGACUCAAAAUCUAGCAUCGGGAAUAGAUCAAACACUAAGGUGGAAAGAAUCAGAACGGUUUUCACCAACAUACAACUUGAAAGAUUAGAGAAAGAAUUUCCACAACAACGUUAUUUGGUUGGUGAAGAUAGAACAGCACUGGCAAAUGAAUUGAAACUCGGGAAAGCUCAAAUCAAGAUUUGGUUUCAAAACAGAAGAACAAAAUUUAAAAAGCAGAUGUGUAAGGAGUCACCUGUUAUUGUCGAUGACAAUUGAAAAAUUUUCUCCAUUUUUAAAUUUUGCACUUUGAACAAGUUCCAAUGAUUUUUUAAAACUAUUAUAUCUUUUUUUUAUUUUUAAUAAAGCAAGUGAGUUCUAACAAUUAUUUUUAUUUGAUCGUUACGAAAUUUGGAAGCACCGUCAUGUGGGAAACCCAUGUGAAUAUACGCUUGAGUAAGGCCCUGGGCAAAAUAUUGGAAAUUGGGAAUAUAUCAUAAUUGAACUGUUGGGCUGGGUGGUUGACGGAAGAUACUGCGCAGUGCGCGUGCCUUCGAUUUCAGUUGAGAACAAUUAUGGGUGAUAUAGUGCAGAAUCAAGUACAGACUGGUAUAGUAAAAAGACAGGCCCCGGCAUGCGAUAAGUUAACUCUUGUUAUCGGCUUUUCUCUUACCUGAUAUGGACAUGAAAUAUCUCAUCCUGGACAUGGCUGUAAUUGGCUUUAAG